GAAAAAAGUAAACAAGAAAUAACAUGGCAGAAUUUACACUAUUUCUUAUUGGAAACAAGAUAGAACUGAUAUUUAACUGUCAAAAGAUUAGAAACUCCAGCUAGUUGCUGUUGUUAUAUCAGGGAAGUUUAAUUUUCAUAAUUGGAAUAUGAAAUUAAUGUAAAAAUGCUCACAGUAUAGCAAGUUUUGUAACCAGCAAAAUAACUGCCACAAGUUUUAUGGCUUGCAAAUAGGUUUUGCAAGUUUUGUAACUUGAAAAUAAGUACAACAAGUUUUUUGACUAGCAAAUAAGUACCACAAGUUUUGUUGCUUGCAUAUAAGGUACAGCAAGUUUUGUGGCUUGCAAAGAGGUACCACAAUAUUUGUGGCUUGCAAAUAUAGUACAGCAAGUUUUGUAGCUUACAAAUAGGUAUUGGAAGUUUUGUGGCUUGCAAAUAGGUACUUCAAAUUUUGUGACUUGCAAAAUAAGUAUCGCAAGUUUUGUUGCUUGCAAAUAAGGUACAGUAAGUUUUGUGGCUUGCAAGUAGGUACCGCAAGUUUUGUGGUUUGCAAAUUGAUAGUUGGCUAUGGCUUACCUUUACGUGGUGUCUAUUGUUAAAAAUUAUUCAUUUUGUUUCUUAAAUGUAAUUUAAAAAUUAAAUUAUUUACUAGAAGCCCAGACGAGAAAUAAUUACAUUUUUUAUUUCAAAAAACUUGUUUUUUUUGUGUGUUUUUUUCUCAGGUUGGAGUGGUUGAUCUGUUCCUUUACACGAUAAUGUAUACUCAGAUGCAUCUUGUAAUGUGGUUGGAGUGUAUAAUCCGUCUUUUUUGACAAAAUGGUUACUCUGAUGCAUUUUCAAUUGCAAGUUUCCAAAUACAUGCAAAGUAAAAUUGUUGGCGACAUGGCACAUGUAUUAAAGUCUUCUGUCACAGUUGACUCAGCAAGAAUGAAGUCAUUGAUACACUUUUACGUUAUGGAAUACACAAGGUGGCAGUUCCUCGCCCACUGCUACCCAAAUACAGGUAUAAGAAAUCCUUAUCUGUACGUAACAGACGCUGGAGACGAAGUGAUUAUUAUGUGUGGCAAAAGAUUAUUUUAUGAAGUUUUUCAUUUUCUGACUUCGUGAUGGAACUUAUUGGAGUACACUUAAAAUUUUUUUUUUUUUAAAUA